AUGCCCGCAAUCGUAGCUGACGGCGGGAUGACCGAUAUAGGGACCGACAGUCCAAGACUGUCGUACGAUGCAUCCGGUCCGCCUACGCCUGCGGCGUCGAUACUUUCUCGACAAGCUCAGUCACCUUCGAGUUUAUACCAGAGCUGCGUUCAGUUGCGAAAGCGCUUAACUAGUGUACCUGGGUUCAGCGCCGAGUUUCUUGAGCGGGCCUAUCCACCCACGCCAACGCUCAGCACCCCAUCCACACCCGACUCUGUCAGCUCGUUUACAUCUUCCUCGGCCUCUGCACCGUUUUCUGACCCUGUCUCGCAUUUGUGGCAGUGUUUCCGUCUUGGUUCACCGUUGUGUGUACUGUUUAACCUAUAUGCUGUACAUACCAACCAAGCACCGAUUCCAUUGACAGUGGAAUCCAAACUAAGCGAGCUGAAUUCGUGCAAAGCUCUCGUUAUGCGCUUCGUAAUAGCGCUCAAAGAGCGGUUUGGAUGGGAGCCUGAUCAAACGUUUACUGUGUCACAACUCUAUCUCAACGAUACGAACGGAUUUGUUCGCGUGGUUCGUACUGUGGACCGACUGCUGGAUGUCAUGAAUCAAGUUGGAUUGCUCAUGCCGCCGGCUCCGGAACGCCCCUCGCUGGAACGCCAGGUUUCAUCGACCCGAGACAAACGCGAGUGGAUCAGCAAAGAACUCCUAGAGUCUGAGCGUAAAUACGUACACGAUAUGGAAGUGUUGCAAAACUAUGUAUCGAUGUUGGGGAGUACAGACACACUUCCCUCAGAUACCAUCUACCGCAUGUUCGGCAACUUGGAUCAGUUGGUCGACGUGCAACGCCGCUUCCUCAUUUACCUCGAGGAGAGUGCUGAGCAGCCCGUGGAGCACCAACGCCUUGGUCAUAUCUUCCAUGCGAUAGAAGAAGAAUUCUCUGUGUACGAAUCGUAUUGUGCCAACUAUCCCAAGGCCCUCGAAUCGAUCACAGAGUUGCUUCCAACGCUCUCCCAAGUGGGUCAGCGCUCGAGCGCCCAGCAGCACUACUUGGAGCCGACGUAUGAACUGCCCAACUACCUCAUCAAGCCUGUCCAGCGAAUCUGCAAAUACCCCCUGUUUUUGGAGCAGCUGCUCAAGAGUACGCCAGAGCAGGCGCCAGAGCGUGGCGAGCUGAGCACUGCAUUGACGACGAUCCGGCGUAUUACUGACAAGGUGAAUGAGACGCAGCGGGCCCAGGAAAACAAACAGUUGGUCCAUGAGCUGGAGCGACGUGUAGAAGAUUGGAAGGGGCACUCCCUCAAGACCUUUGGCGCGUUAUUAUUGAGUGAUACCUUUGUGGUCAGCAAGGGGGAGUCGGAGCGUGAGUUCCGUGUCUACUUGUUUGAGCGGAUUUUGCUAUGCUGUAAAGACUUGUCGUUGUCGCAGCCUAUGGCUACGACGCCCAGUCGCAGUCGAUCCAAGAGUGGGUCGCGGUUACGGCAACGCUCUGCCAGUGUGAGCGAAGGAAGCGUGUCCAAGCGCGCUUCAACUGCGCCGCUGCAACUCAAAGGCCGAAUUUUUAUGAACAACAUUGUGGGCAUUCAUGUCCUUACCAAGACGGAGCCCACGGAGCCACCUCACACACUCUAUGCACUGCAAGCCUGGUGGCGAGGGGAAGCUGAAGUCGAGUCGUUCUGCCUCAAGUGCCGGAACGAAGAGCAAUUGCGGCUUUGGCAGGCGUCCAUCCAAAAGCUCUUGGACGAGGUGCGGCUGCGCCGCGAGUCGGCGUCGACCUCUACAUCCGCGUUGCCUUCACAGGCAUCCACGCCGACCACGCCGUAUCCGAGCGCCGUCAACCCGUUGCAACAAGGACGUGGUGCGUUUAUGCAAGUCUCUACACCAGUGGUGUCGAUGCCGAACGAAAUGUGGGCGAUGCGGGCGCCGACCAGCCGCAGUAGCAGUGGCGACGAUCAUUCGGAAAUGAUGAUUCGCUCGCGAUCAAACAGCUCCGCGGCCGUCGGUCCUGUUCCCGCACAGCUCUCGCGCUUGAUAACGGAGGAUGCGGUGCAAUCUGAUGGUACGCCGUCGCCACUCGAUGGGGCAGAUACCCCGGUUUCUAAGAGUGCGCUGAGCGCGACGCCAGGAACGCCAGGGUCCACGACAGCGGGCCUCCCGUCAGGGACCACGCCUACGCCUGUGCUUCUGGCUGCGUCGCGUUUAGCCCGUCGUCAAAUGUCUCUCACACAAGCGUCCACACCUCCUAUGGCUGCCUUUUCGCCACCAGCCCGUGCUGCUUCGCUGAGUAUGCCACACCACUCAUUCCGCUCCAAUACCGAGUUCCUUGAGAAGGAAAUGAGUGCGAUGAAAUUGAAUGCUAGCAGCCCACAAGUCCCACCGCCGACGUUGCGUGGGUUUGCUGCUGCGCGCGGUGGUCCUUCGCCUUUGCGCUUAGACAGUGCGCUGAUGCAGCGCACAGCGUCGGAUAGUAUGGCGAUGCGCUCUGCCACCACGCCAGGCCCCGGGACGGCCAACUCGAUGUUCCAGACGCCUAUGUUUGGUAUGACGCCACAUCAAGCGCCUAUGACGGAUGCAGGCACGAUGCCCCAGUCGCCGGGCGGUACUGAUUGGAACUCGUACUUCCCCGUGGUCCCUUCCACGUCGUCGCAUGGCAGCAGCACAGCGCCCGUGGUGCCGACACCCAACAUGAGAACCGCCUCCAUGCAGUCAUACAUGGACUCGCCGUUUGCAUCGCAGCUCCCUAGCGGCGCACAAACGCCUAGUGAUGCGCCGGGUAUGGAAGCGCGGCACAGCAACGCUUCGAGUUUCUCCAUCAGCGCUGCGAGUAUCCACAGCCGACAUCGAUCUGAGACACAUUCGCCUGCGCGUGGAUCCAUGCUGCUUGUGCGUAUCAAGUACGGGACAAUGCGAACAGAGUUGGCCGUACCGACAUCUAUCCCCUUUGCGACGCUCAAUACGAGCGUCCAUGAAAGUGUAGGCUUACCGCCUCACGCGCAUACGCGCAUGUAUCAUAUUGACAAUGACGGUGAUCGUGUUAUGCUCCUCGAUGACGACGAUAUGGCGACAGCGAUGGAGUAUGCACGACGUCAUGAGCAUAUCCUUCCGUUGGUCAUCGAGUGA